AUGAUCUGCCUGGUGGCCACAAUCUUGGUAAGAAUCCUGAUAUCGAGGCCCUCAAUUAGACCUUUGUCAUUUUGUGAUCAGACAGUACAUACAGUCUCGAAAACACACGGAAUUAUAAAGAAAACAGGUGCUAAAACUACCGGAAGGGAAGCUUCUAUCGCUUACAAAUUUACACCCAUUUUUCGCUGCAAAGUAUUCUGUUUGUUUUUACAUGUCUUUCCGGAAAGCCGUGGGACUGAUUUUUGGUGUUUGCACUGUGCGAAAAAAGUCAAGCGACACCCUGAAAAAGGAUUACCUAAUAGGACCACUUUCAGACCCCAAUCAUCCUAUUUCUGCCAGAUCAGGAUGCUCAAAGGGAGUUCAUCGCUUCGCUUGAUCCGUACGUCGCCCAACUCUUUGUUCAGCAUCCAGACAUGGUCUGCUUUACUACCGGAACCAACCCCAGGAAAUCACUGAUCGUCGGUUUCCUUGCCAUUUCCGUGGCUCCCUUCAUCGGAGUCUUCUUUCUGACCGUCAUGCGCAGCUCAAUGCGGCGGCAAAGCUGGUCGGCCAACACACGUCGUCUUCAGAUGAUGCUGUUUCGCUCUCUUGUCUUCCAACUGAUCGCCUUUACUUUGUUCAUGGUCAUUGGUCAUUCCAAGCGUGAUGCUUCUGUCUAUGCCUAUCUUUGA